UAUAUUAUAUUCAUAAUUGAGAGUACUGCCGCAUCGUUAUCAAAAUUGAGGAUAUUUUAUAUUCAGCCAGAUACCAACUCCCUUUUUUAAUAAAAAAAGAAAGGAAAAAACUGUGUGCUGAUGCACAAUGCAACCCACAUUACCUUAAUGUAGUGAACCUUCGCAUAUAAGGACAUGUUGAUAGCCCGGAAGAAUCCAGGUCCGACGGUGACUUUUUGUUGAGAAUACUAAACAUAAAUCUUUUUCCAGUGAUGACUGAUGUUCAAGGGAAAUGGCUCAAGCUUCAUCAGAAUGGAACUGGACCUGGAGCUAGAAGCUCGCACGCCCUAACCAUUGUAGGACAAAAAGCCUAUGUCUUUGGAGGUGAGUUCACCCCAAGAGUCCCAGUUGACAACAAACUCUACGUAUUCGAUCUCAAUACCCUAACAUGGUCCGUUGCUGAGGUAACUGGUGAUGUCCCUCCUCCACGUGUUGGUGUCACAAUGGCAACCGUUGGUGAAACUAUCUAUGUGUUUGGUGGUAGGGAUAGCACACAUAAGGAGCUUAAUGAGUUAUACUCUUUUGACACUUCGACAAACAAGUGGAACCUGCUUACCAGCGAUGACAGCAGCCCAGCUCAUCGGAGCUACCACUCGAUGACAGGUGAUGAUCGUCACGUGUAUGUCUUUGGUGGGUGUGGUGUUGCUGGCCGGCUUAAUGAUCUAUGGGCGUACGAUGUUGUUGACCAAAAGUGGAUCAAAUAUCCAACCCCGGAAGAUAGUUGCAAGGGUAGAGGUGGGCCAGGAUUGGCUGUGGUCCAAGGAAAAAUAUGGGUUGUGUAUGGCUUCUCAGGAGUGGAAAUGGAUGAUGUGCAUUGCUUUGAUCCAGUUGUAGAACAAUGGUCCCAAGUGGAGACAAAUGGAGAGAAACCUACAGCUCGAAGUGUAUUUUCUACUGUUGGGAUUGGCAAAUACAUAAUCAUAUAUGGUGGGGAAGUGGAUCCUAGUGACUUGGGUCACCUUGGUGCUGGGAAAUUUUCUGGAGAGGUUUAUGGCUUGGACACGGAGACAUUGGUGUGGAAGAAGUGGGAGGAUGCACCGAGUUUGGAAAGUCAUCCUGGGCCUCGUGGAUGGUGUGCUUUUGCAAGCGGUUUGAUGACAGAUGGCCAACAGAGGCUUCUGGUUUACGGUGGCAACUCCCCUAGCAAUGAUAGGCUUGAUGACAUUUUCAUUUUUACUCCAUUUGUAGCAUGCAAUUGAAAACUAAGCAGUAAUUGAUGGUGAUUUGGUAUUAGGAUUACAAACACAAUGUGUGGCCGUGUCGGGUAAGUUGCUGUGAAUGAGUCUGUCUAAUAAGUUGCUUUUAUGUGCUUCAGUGCUUUGGACUGGUUGCUUCUUAUAUGUUUACUUAUGUUAAUGCAUCUGGUUUAGGCUGGGUUUGCUUCAGUCCUCUUCUGUAAAAAUUAAAAUUGGAAUUACUGGUUAGCCUUCGUCUUUAUAUAUUUUAUGUUUAUUUUGUCUUUUAUCUCAACGAACAAAUUAAAUCAAGAAUUCAUUUCAGUUUUCUGGUAUUCAAUCGGAUUGGAAUAUGUAAUAUUAUAAUAAAGGUAGAAAUUGAAUUUUUUUUUUUUUUAUAUUCUGUACAAAAUUCCAUAAGGCU